UUUUUCACGCGGCGGCAAUGGCGUCUUCUUCUUCUUCCUCCUUCUUAUCCGUCAUUACCUUCCUCCUCUUUGCGCCUCUCUGUUAUUCACGUGAGUCACCUUCACAAAUCCCAAACGGAACCUUAGAUCUCUCUUUACUCUGGUACGGACAAUUCACGCCGGUCCAAAAAGAGAGGGUUCGUGAUUUCAUAGAAUCGCUUAACUUCGACGCCAAGGAAGGUCUUGAUCCGAAAGUAUCAUCUUGGUGGAAAGUGGUGGAGAGUUAUCAAGAGAGGUAUGAGGUGAAAGAAAUUUACCGACAGAAGAAGAGUAACAGAACUAUAGCUCCGAGGAUUAAGGUGAAGAUUGUCCGAAGUUACGUGGAUGAUAAGAUGAAUUACGGUAAGGAAUUGACAAUCGAUAAUGGUGAGAAACUGGUUGAGACGGCCAUUGGAAAUAUGUCGAAAGUAGUGCCCGUGGUAAUACUUGCAUCACAAGUUAGGGCUCAUGGCGUAGGGUUUUGUAGCGGAACUUGCCAACAGUACGCCAUUACGGUCAAUGGCAGUGUUAAAGGUAAAAAACAACCACAACCGUACAUAAUGGUGAGCAACCCGGAGGUGCAAUGUCCCGGAGAGUGCGCUUGGCCUUUCCACACGGCUGACAAAGGUCCACGUGGCAUGACCUAUCAACCGCCAAGUGGUGAAAUCGGAGCCGACGCAUUGAUUAUUCAGCUCGCCACCGGUUUAGCCGACCUAGCCACCAAUUCAGCCUUAACGGAAUUCUUAUUCAAAUCUGAGUCACCGUACCGCGCCGACGGAAAUCAGAGCUCUACGAAUUAUGUCGUGGACCCCGCAUCCAAGUGCACUCGGGUGUUCGGAUCAGGAGCUUUUCCGGGUUUUACCGGUAAAAUUCGGGUUGACCCGGUGACUGGUGGAGCCUUUAACUCACACGGAAUCAACCACUUGAAAUUCUUGAUUCCUUCUGUUUGGGAUCCUAAGACCAAAUCUUGCUGGACUCCUAUGUAAAUCAUUAUUGUUCUUUGUGAAUCAGUUUAUAUCCUUUUGGCAAAA